AUGGAAGAAACCUCGAACCGGUCGUUGCCACUUGAGUUAGUAGAAGAAAUACUAAAGAGGACUCCUGUUGAGUCUUUGAGCCGAUUCAAAUCGACGUGCAAGGAAUGGUACGAUCUCAUCACCGACAAGAGAUUCAUGUACAAUCACUUGGAUCGCUCUCCGGAACGUUUCAUUAUAAGAAUCUUUGAUGACCGGACAGUUCAAAUCAUGGAUCCAGUGACCGGAAACAUCUCAUACUCACCAAUCUCAGACAUGUUUGAUGAUCCAUAUUCGAGUGCUUCUAUGGUUCACUGUGAUGGACUCAUGCUUUGUAUGUGUUAUGAUGACUCGUUUUGCCGACAAACAAGAGGCGCCACUCUCGCAGUUUGGAAUCCGGUAACGAGGAAAAUCAAAUGGAUCGAACCGUUGGUCUGUUACUCUGAAACUGAUUACUUUGGAAUGGGAUACGACAAUACAUGUCGCCAUAACUACAAGAUCUUGAGGUCUUCUGGUCCUCCGUCUCUUGGUGAUCCAGAAGAGUAUGAGAUAUAUGAAUUCAGGUCUGAUUCGUGGAGAAGUCUUGAUGCUAAGGUCGAUUUGGAUGAAGAUACGGAUUGCAGAGGUGUGUCAGUGAAGGGUAAUGUGUAUUGGAUUGCUAAACGUACAGAGAAGGAAGAGUUUAUCGUUUUGAUUUCUCCAUGGAAACGUUCAAGGACAUAUGCUUUUUUCCUUGUUGUAAAUAUCGACUGGACAGAUGGUGUAAUACUCGAAGCUAGAGCUGUCAAAUGGUCCGUCCAUGGACCAUUUGGGCGAGUCCAUCUGGACAUUUUUUUGCAUGGGCCAAACUUGGACAGUCCCAAAUGGAGAAUGGUCCACAAAGUGUCCAUGCCUAUUAAGACCAUUUCCAAAUGGUCAUGA